AUGGCCCUAAUAUCAUGCAUUGACAAAUUCAAAAUCAAAAAACUGCUCAUUGGCAUCUGCCUGCAGGUGCUGACUCGCCGGGACCAACUCAAGCUCAAGGAAGAGAAAGUGAAGGCAAAGAAAGAGGAACAGGAGGCCAAGGAGGCUGCAAAGCUUGAGAAAAAGGAGGCGCAGCAAGCAAAAAAGGCUGCCAAGAAGGCAGAACAAGAGGCCAAGAAGCAGGCCAAAGCUGAAGCGAAGGCAAAGGCAAAGGCCAAGGGCAAAAAGGCCUCUGCUGAUGCUGAAGCUAAGAGUGGUGAGGUGGAAGUGGAGGAGGAGCAGAACGACGAUCCGGCCCCAAAGCGGAGGAGGCUGAAGCAAUGUUCAGCUGAUGGUGAAGGUGGUGAAGGUCAGGCUAAGGCUGAGGCUUCGAAGGGUGAGGAAGACGGGCCGAAACCAAAGGCAAAGGCAAAGGCAAAGCAGGCGGCGCAAGCGAAGCCGAAGCCGAAGCCGAAAGCCAAGGGAAAGGCAAAGGCAACUCCCAAAAGAAAAAGUCGAGCCAGGAAGCAACAGGGCAGAGGGGGAGCCAAGAGAAGAAAGAAGCAGGCACUUUCGCCCUUUGCAAAGAAGGAGCAGGGCCGCCGCAAGAAAAAGGAGAAGGAAUGCAUGGAAGCGACUGUUGAGCUAGAUCCUUUGGUCCAAGGGGUCUUUCUCCAGCACAUGAAGUUCUGCCGGAACUUGUCGUUCGAGGCAUUGAAGGACUACCUCUACGAGAAGCUCCCAAAGAAGCAUGGCAACUUCCAGCUCAAUCCCUACAUGAACAGGCCAGCAUGUGGCGUCUUCACCAAGCUCCCAGAGUGGAAGGCAAAGAAGGAGAUUGUCUACUUUGGGAAGUGUGGCACUGCCCUGAACAAGAAUGCAGCGUGUGUGGUGUCCUAUGUCUCUGGUGCUCUGAUGGUUCCCUGGCUCAAUGGGUUUGCAAUGCAAAGCACUGCUGCGUGGAUGGCAAACCUGCCCAUUGAGGAUGUUCAGGCUUGGGAAGAUCCUAUGGGCAAGGUACACAAGACCUCGUGGUACAUGCUGCACUAUGGUGGCAAGACCCCGAAGAGGCACUAUGCCUUUUCAAACAGCAGGCAUGUGGCAAAGCUGAACGCUGGAAAGCUGACGGGGUGGGCCAAGCGGAAACGGGCUCUUGAGUCUUUGGGGCAAGACACCAAGCUGGUUGACAAGUACGUGGAUUCCCAAGGGAAAGCUAGGUGGAAAGGCAACAAGGAACUUCGUGGAAGUGAGAACUAUCCGGCAAAGUUUGGCUGCAAAUUGGUAGAGCUGUUUGACCUCAUGAAAGCGGAGAAGAGUGGACUGCCCGAGCUUCCAUCUGAUCUCCCUUCAACUGAGGAAAUCUUUGAAAGCAUGACGUUUGAAGAUAAUUGGUCUGAGUCCUGGGUAGUGGAGGUUUGCCAUUAUUUACGAGGGGGUAAACAUUUGCGGAUUCCCCCAAGCUUUGUAAAGCUACUGCCAAAAAGGCUGUAA